AUGGAAACAUUAUCUAGACAAUGGACAACUAUGGAUAGUCUUUUAUCGUAUGUUAAUGGUGCUGAUGAACGAAAUACGGAAAUUGAUGAUAGUCAAACAGCUGUUCAAGCAAGUGUUAAUCAACGACUGAGUCGAAUUGUAUAUGAUCCAAUGUUUACAAAUUGUUUAACUUUUGUCAAAUGGUUUUCACAUAAUUUUAUUGAUCUCAUUUCUGAUAAUAUGGUGCUUGAUCGAUUUUUACAAAUUUUACCUGAAAUUCAUAAUGAAAUCAAAUGGCUUGAUCUUCAUUCAUCAUCGAUGAAAGAUAUUUUAUGUGCUGCUGAUUAUCCUAAUCUAUAUGGUCUCGGUCUUUAUAAUAUUGAUGCAGAGUCAAUUCAAUAUCUUUUGACCAAUUUACGUGAUCAAGCAAAAUGUUCCAAUUCUUCAGAAGAAUAUUUUCCUUAUGCCAAAAUAUCUUAUCCAAUAAUAUGUUCAAGAACAUUAACUGAAUUAUUGAAUUGA